CCUGCAAACCUAGAUAAUGCAAACCACGAGAGUUUGUGGCCCAGCCGCCCAGCUACAUGGAAAUUAUGGCUGAUGCUGUCCCUCAGCUCGAUAUGUCUCCUCAUAUUUUCCUCUGGUGCCACCCAAGAUCACUUUCCAGUGUCUUUGAGCGUUCCAUCAGAGAGCUAAAAGGUGUCAAAGUGUUCUAUGAGGCUCACGUUAAUGUUUAUUAUCAAGGACAAUAUACAAAGCCUAUUCUCCCUAAAGAAGACCCACAAUUCACAUUUGAAGCAGUAGAUGAGAGCCUUACACAGCCAUAUGCUGAAUAUGAUGCUGUCUUUAUAAGAGACCAUGCAUACUUCCUUAAAGGGCGAUACAAGAAUUACACAAGUGGAGCCUUUUCUGCUUUCAAGCACACUUUCUUGAUACGAGACCCAUACAAGUCAUUCUCAUCAUUUAUUCGCCUCGGCAAAGAAGCUGAAAUUGACAUUGUUCCAGAAGAAUAUGGAGUGAGAGAGUUGUAUGAUAUGUACAAGACCGUAAAAGCAAGCGUUGAUCCUAAUCCAGUGGUUGUUGAUGCUGAUGAUCUCAUAAUGAACCCAAGGGGCAUCAUGAAGUCUUAUUGUAAUGCUACUGGACUAAAGUAUACAGAUGACAUGUUAACAUGGACUCCAGGGAUAGUUGAGGACUGGAAGAAAGCAAAUCCACAUUGCCACAAAUUUCAAGAGAAAGCCAUGAUGAGCUCUGGAUUUAUCAAGCCUGAAGAUGGUACUACCAGUCAGACUAUGAACAUUGAUGAUUUGUCUGAUGAUGUUAAGGAAAUAUUAGAAGAUUCAAUGACUUGCUAUCAAGAAAUGUACUCUGUUAGAAUAAAACUUUAAGUUUGCACAAAAAUAAUUAAUGUUAAAAUUGCGUGGGUGUUGGAUUGACUUUUGUGGGUGUGGUUUAUAUUAUUGUUUAUUUUUUAAAA